AGAAGGCAUAAGCAUGACUUUCGAUCGCAAAGUUUGAAAAAGGGCAACAAUUAUAGAAAUCUAGUUUACUAUUCCAGAAUAUUUUCACCAAGACCUCCUUCGAGAAAGUGAAAUAGUCCGAUGUACUACGGUAGAGGCAGAAAACAAAAAAAGUAAUAGUCCCCUCAUUUUUGCAAAAGGUGUGAGUAUACGUGGUUUCUCGAAGUCACGCAGAUGGAGCACUUCCGUGGCGUAAGUUGUAUUUACCACAAGGAAGAAUCAUGUUUUUGUUUGUUACUAAGUAAUAAGUACAUUACUACCACAUGAUUUAGAACGUGGUGGAGUAGUUCUACUUCAGCACUAAUAGAUAUAGAUCCAUCGAGGACUCAAAAUGCCUUCUUUGCGUUCCGGCGCGUGGGCGCAGCAGCCUAAUGGCAGUCGCGCCGUUGUGUCCGGAAGGAUUGGUGGAAGGCCUGUGGAUGCCUCUUCGACGAUAAAUUCUGGCGCCUCUAGUACCACUUCAAGCGGUUAUUCAAGUGGGAUCAUGGGUGGCAAAAUAGCCUCUGGAGGUAGUUACGCACAACAGGCCUCUGGAAGCCAUGCUCAACAGUCUGGCAGCUACGCCCAGCAGUACAGCAAUACUGCGGCAAGAUUGGCAGUACCCAGCGAUCGUCGGCCGAGAAGUCGAGGUAUAUUCGAUGUUAAGCAGGUUUUUCUGUCAUUUUUUGAAAGAAGAGAGAAAGAGAUACUGUUGACUGAUAAAAGAGAAGAGAUUCAUUAAGAGAUUCUGUUAAAUUUUUUGAUGACACUGUUGACAACUGAUGAAAGAGGUGACACUUCGUUUCCGAAAAUCAAACUACAGGCGCGUCCCCUGUCGAAAUUUUGCCGUCACCGGCAGCUUCCGGGACACCAACUUACUUUUCGCCUCCUGCAGGCACGCGCUCUAGAGAGGAACCGGCGCCAGCAAAUGAAUUCCGCUCACAAUUGCACCAACAAAUUAUGAAGAAAAGUUUAGUAAGUAGUUCUAACUUUGAAGAUGUUCAUUCUUCAAGAGAGAGAUAAGUAAAGUAAAGAUUGAGUUAUCUCGUCAAGUACAACAAGGACUUACACUUUCUUAGAAGGAGUAGGUACUCCUACCCACAGCCAGCACAUUUCAUCGAAGAACUACUCAACUUUCAUAACUACGUAAUUGUAAAAAUUCCUCCCUUUCUUCAUAACUAGUACUCAUACAUUUAGAUAACCCUAAACCAUUCCUCCCUUUGUUCAUCUACUAAGGAAAGCGAGUUGCUACACGAUGUCGAAGAGGACAUGAAAUUGGCGUUCAACAGUCUGGUCGAUCGCAUAGCAGACGAGUUUGACGAUGUGCAUAAGAUGAUCGAGUUUCGUUUGCAGUUGAGUGAUCGACGUGCGAGAGACGUGGAGCAACGUAUGCGCACAGACUUGCUUAAUGUCACGAGCGAUCACGAUAUGGGCUCGGCGAAAACAGCUUUGUUUGCAGACACGGCCAAGUCGGCGGACACGGCCAAGUCGGCGGACACUGCGAAGGUAGCUGACACUGCGAAGGUAGCUGACACUGCGAAGGUAGCUGACACCGCGAAACUAGCCGACACUGCGAAACUAGCCGACACAGCCAAGCUAGCCGAUACAGCGAAACUAGCCGACACCGCUACCUUUGCCGAGAAAGCAGACCAGGCGGAAAGUGCGAAGGUUGCUGAAGUGGCUGCGCGACUGGAGGAGGAUGAGGAGAUCCGACUACUGGAUCAGCAAGGGAGGAAUUUGGAGAAGCGAAUCAAAGAACUUUUCGCCAUGGAGGCGACAAAAUUACAAAGCGGCGCGGAAGAUAUGAACCGAUUUGUACGGGAGGAACUCGGAGAUAGCAUGGUACCUUCCUAUGUAUAGAUGUAGAUAGAUCACUCACGCAGCAGUCCUUAGUACUACGGCAGAGGAGCUCCUGUUUUUGGUUCAGCUACAGUUGCAGUCUAUUUAGCCGUAGUCGUACAACGAUAUACGUACUUUCUUCCACCAGAUAUCUCUCCAGCGGAAGCUCGUGGAUCAGCAAACCGGCUUCGCCGCAACAACAGAGCAUAUGCAACAAAACCUCGCAGACUUGAGCAAAGAAUUGGAGAAUCAGCGAGAUGAAAUUCUUGCGUCAGAUGCGGCUUUGCGAGCGGACUUGAGUGCUAGGGUAGAAAAUAUGCGACAAGAUUGCCUCUCCUUUUUAGACGUGCGAGGACAGGAGCAGAAGACUGGAAGCGCUACCUCUGAGGUGGAUUCGGCGUUGUCAAAGAAAGCUUAUGAGAGCGUGGGGGCUUUGGAGGUAAGUACUGGAGAAAGAGAAAUAGUUUUGCAAAUGUUAAUGCCAGCGACGAUGUUCAUCUUCAUCUUGGAUGAACGGCUUCCGAAGAUACUUCAGUUGUAGACUGAGUUUAACAAAGAACUGUCUGAUGAAGAACGAGGUACGAUUGUCCCAUUCCCAUAGUCUCUCCACCACCUACGUCAAACUACAGCGCCUAGUCCAUUCGCUUGGCAGCGAGUUUCGAGAGCUCGAGAAAAGGCUGCUGAUACGUGCAGAGGAUGAUUGCGAAAGGAUGAAAGUUGUGGCGAGUAGUCUUGCUUCGUCGUCAGUUGUCAGUGUAUUCACGGCCUUUCCUUAGAAGAACGCCUGUAUCAGAUACCAAAUGCAGAACUUCAUCUUGAACUUCUCUCAUCAAGAGUGAGAUCUAGUUCCAGAUCUACAAACGUAUACGUAUUUACUUCUAUUUCAACAUCUUUCAUCUAACACAAAGCUAGUCGAAUCAGCGAUCGCUGACACAGUGUCGCGAGCGGACGAAGCCUUAUCGAAGGCUGAGGUGGCACAGAGGAGCGUAGAUGAGAGUAUGGAGCGAUUGGAUGCAACUCUCGUGGAGCAUGCAGAGGCACUGCAAGACGCCAGAAAAUCUGCAUCGGAAAGUGCGGAUUCGAAGGUAGCAGAUGAGGUAGCAAAAGACGUGGCGGGAGUGAGAUUAUGGCUUCUAUUACUUAGGGUCUAAUCAGAUUCAGACCGGGACUUGAGGAACGAAUUUUUAAGUAUAAGCACUGUACUUAUAGAUUGAAAGUCUAGAUCAUGAUCAUGAUGAACGAAGUAGGACGAGAAGAUUCAUGUGCACGACUAAGAAGACAGUUUUCAUCCUCCGCGACCCCGCCACAACUUUCCACACCUACUUACGUAGGACUACGAUCGUUCUCUAAUCGAAGAGAACAUGAGAGAGUUCGCAGAGAAUGUCGAUGGGCGUUUCGAGGCGACUGCGAGCCAAGUGGACGAUGUAGCCGCACGGGUAGACCGGGCAUUAGAGGAGGUGGCGCUCGUCGCUCUGCGUCUACAGGAGGAUGAAAAAAAGUUGACCAGUUUAGGCCUUGCACAGGAAACGCGAGAAGUGGAAGGAGGAGUGCGAGACACGGUUUCCGUUAUGGCAAGAUCUGAGAAGGUGGUCAGUUACCGAGUCUAGGGACAUGGCUUUUACUUGUUUUAGCCUGAGAGCUCAGAUCAUUCACUAGAACUUCAAUUUCUAUGACCGAAUAUUGUUCUUUUUCUAAUCAUACUAGAGAUCAUGAGGAAAUUUUCGCGCAGGCCACGCAAGCCAGUGAGCGCGCAACACUAGCCGCUACAGAAGCAACCAAAGCGAGUCGGGUAGCUGAGAAUGCGUGUGUAAGAAUGGAGGAAGUGUCUGGGAAAGCAGAUACCGCUUUGGACAAGGCAGACACCGCUUUGGACAAGGCAGACACCGCUUUGGACAAGGCAGAUACCGCUUUGGACAAGGCAGACACCGCUUUGGAAAAGGCAGACACCGCUUUGGAAACGGCAGACACCGCUUUGGAAAAGGCAGAAGACGCGUUUAAGAAGGCAGACGCGGUCUCGGAAAAGACAGACGCGGUCUCGCAAAAGGCAGAUACUGCAGUGCAGGGUGUUAUUGCGGCCAGAGACAAGGCAGAGGAGGCCUUGGAGACUGGAGCUAUGGCCUCGCAGAUGGCAGAAACGGCAACACAGAAAGCAGAUGUGGCAGCAGAACAGGCAGCAGAGGCGUCGCAGAAGUCAGCAGAGGCGGCGCAAAAGGCAGGAGAGGCGGCGAACAAGGCAGACCAGGCGGCGAGCAAGGCAGACACUGCCGCUGAAGAUGCUGCAAUUGCAUUAGCCAAAGCCAACGAUGCACUAGUUGCAGUCGCGGAGUCACAGUCAUCACAAAGAGCUACUACUGCCGAAGCGACAACGACUACGACUACGGCUUCAAACGUGAAUAGUGAUGUAGAAAAAUCCGUAGUAGAAGCAUUGCGAAAAGCCGACUCUGCAGUUAUAGGAAUGGAGAAGGUUUCAACGAAUGCAGAAGCUGCCUCUUUGCUUGCGAAGGAAGCAACGGCUCACGCAAGCGAGGCAAUUGCGAGGAUUGAGGACAUUUCCGAGCAAGCUAAUACAGCCUUUAGUAUUACGGGACAGCAUCAUAAGUAAUUUAUUAAUUUAGUAUAUUUCCAUUCGCUUUCUUACGAGACUGUUAUAUAUAGUUCUUGAACUUGAACGGAGACGACUUUGUUUCCCAAAAGUCGAAGUAAUGCGGUGAUCUCUAACACUAGAAUCGACGAUGUCUCUGAACAAGCAGCUGAGGCUCUUGCAAGGGCAAGCGCAGCCGCUGAAGAAGCGAGGGAGGCAGCAGCGAAAGUUGAUAUGCUCGCUGCGCAAUCAUUGGAGCCAUCCUCUGCCAGUGUUAUGAAGGGCAACUGAUGUGUCAGCACAAAAGAUAAAGUUGUUCCUGACAUCGCGAACUGAAAAGAUGCUACACAAGUGGUCUACAGAAGCGGAUGUUCUUUUGGGCACUCAGAAUCCGAAGUAGAUUUUUAGCCGUUUGUUGCCUACUCUAAAAACUCGAGCAGCGUCGCUCAUCUUGCCAAAAUCGAGAGCCAGACAGGUGACGCAUUAGCGCAAGUCGAUGUGCUAUCAACGCAAACGGCUGAGGUUGGAGCGAGACUAGAUGCUGUGUCUGAGCAAACAGCAGAGGCUUUGACCCAAUGCGACUCGGUUGCUGCUCAAGCUAACUCUGCUUCGCGAGCUGCCGCUGAUGCCGCAGAGGACGCUGCAAAAGCGUCCUCUCAAGCCUCAAACGCAUUGACCCAAGCCCAGACAGUUGCAGCCGAGAUCUCGGAUGUCUCAGCGAAAGCCGAUAGCGCACUGACGAAAGCGGAGAGUAGUCUAGCGCAAGCAGAAAGUGCGAGUAUCCAAGCAGAAAGUGCAGGCGCACAAGCGGAAGAGGCGAUAGCAAGAGCAGACGCAGCAUUCGCACAAGCGGAUGAAGCAAGUGAGAGGAUAGAAGGCCUGGCGUCGGAGGUUGGUGCGAAAACACAGCAACUUGAGGCACGGCAGAGUGCGCUGGAGACAGAGAUGGCGGGAAUUUAUGAGUGAAACUGUAAAAAUAGUUGUAAUUGAACAGAUUCAGAUUGAUUUGUCCUCCUGCUCCUACGUGAUUCUUGACGUCAAUAGAGAGUUACCUCCUUCAACUGCAUACCCAGCUAGUUUACAACUUACUACAAUGAAUCUCACUUCUCCCUCUUUCAUACUUGGAUACAAAACUACGCACAAGUCAUGGAUAGACACAAGCAAGGCGGCCACGAGGAGCUUGAGGCUUUGCUAAAUGCUCGUGUAGACGCUGAAGUGGCAGCACGUGUAGACUUCGCGGUCGAGCAGAGAUUACACAGUCUCCUCUCAAGUUUCAUCAUGAACACAGGAUCAUCAGGACAAGGAGGGAGGGGAGGUAAUAUGUCCACUAGCACUAUGGCUAUGGCCGCUGCAUCUUCUUCUUCUAGUACGUCUUCAAAUGGUAAUGGAGAAGGUGAAGACCCUAUGAAAUGCUGUGGAGGUGGGGCAGCGGAUGAGGUCAUGGCAGAGACAGCAGACGAAGGGCCACAAGUUGCGGCGCGCACGUUUUCAUCUCAGAUUGUGGAACAGGAAGUCAGAGGUCGGAGUCGAAGUCGCAGUGGUAGCAAUUUCAUGCAUCUGGAGCUGGAGCUUGGGUCUUUGGAAAAUAACGGAAGUUCUAGUACACGACCAGGAAGUAAGGCGACACAGUACGACUACCAUCAAAUGAAGAACCAGAGCAGUCUUGAAUUGUCGAAACGAGUAGCGGAGAGUCUACGAGACUCCGCAGCCCGUGUAGAGGCGCAGCUGGCAGCGUUGCAGCGCUGCGUCGCAGAUCUACAGGAUAACCCUCCAGGACUGACGACAGGAGACGUCGCGACUAUAGUGAGCGAUCAAAUGCGGGGUGCAGAGGGACAGGGUCUGCAGCUAGAGCUGAUGAAGAUCCGGAAGGACCAAGCUUUGUUGCUCAAGGGGUUGCGAUGGACAGAGAACGAGCUGGUAGAACUACGACAACGCGCGAAUCUUGCUCCUUCAUCCCAAGGACCGACGCCGACGAAUGCGGGAGCAACUUCUAGGGCGGGACCGCCGGUUCUUUGA